ACGCGGAUAAUGAGUUCAGACAAUGAAAGCUGGGAGAAAUCACAGCCCGAUCUGCCGGGAUCCCUGGCUCCCCCACCCCCAAGGUGAGCGGGGCUGUGCAGGGGAGCUGGGCUGCCUCUCUCUCCCGUUCCUGCUGCUUUCCCUUCCCAAAGCUGGCACUGGGGCGUGCAGAGCGAGUCGGUGACACUCAUUAGUGCGCGGAGCUCGUUACAGCUCCUGGACCGGCUGCGGCUGCUCGGUGUGCUGCCGUGCACCGGCUUGCGGGGAGAGGAGUGGGCUCGGGCUGCACAAUUUGGGGACCGACCCGUUAAGUGGUCCCUGCCUCGAUACCGACCCUUAAUUCAGCCUCCUGCGGAGGACGGCACCCAUGGGGGCACGGCGGGCAGCCGAGGAGCGCGGGUUCCUGCGUGUGCCCGUGGAAACUACGAGCAGCUAACGCUCACUGCCUGAGCCCCCAGAUGGGACUAGACCCAAGCUCCUGCGCUCCAUAUGGGGAUGAAGGCAGAACCAUGUUACCUGCUACCUAAGGCCUCUGCUGCUGCGCCGGGAGCUUGUGGAUAUGGUCCUGCACCAGGCUUCACACACAGACUCUCAGCUCUGAGCAAGCCCCAGAGGUUUUAGUGGCAGCAGAGCCCCCCCAGGCGCGGGACGGACUCCGAUCACCCUGCGAUACAGGGCUGCAGCGCUGGAGAGUUACUAUGCAGCUUGGACUGCUUGUGGUGGUGGUUUUUCUGAGCUCGAUGGAUCUAACAGGCAGCAGCAAAGUGGUGAAGGGCAAGAGGCAAAGACGAAUUAGCACUGAGCUGAGUCAGGGCUGUGCCAGGGGCUGCGACCUGUGCUCCGAGUUCAAUGGGUGCCUGAGAUGUUCCCCCAAGCUCUUCAUCCUUCUGGAGAGGAAUGAUAUCCGGCAAAUUGGGAUCUGCCUACCUUCCUGUCCACUGGGAUACUUUGGCCUUCGCAAUACAGACAUGAACAAGUGCAUCAAAUGCAAAAUUGAGAACUGUGAGUCCUGUUUCAGCCGAAACUUUUGCACAAAAUGUAAGGAAGGUUUGUAUUUGCACAAAGGGAGAUGUUACGUCACAUGCCCUGAAGGCUACUCUGCUGCCAACGGCACCAUGGAGUGCAGCAGUCCUGCACAAUGUGAAAUGAGUGAGUGGGGUCCCUGGGGGCCCUGCUCCAAGAAGAGGAAGCUGUGUGGCUUCAAGAAGGGUAAUGAGGAUCGAACGCGGCGGAUCCUGCAGGCUCCCUCUGGAGACGUGUCCCUGUGCCCCGCCACCACGGAGGUGCGGAGGUGCACCGUGCAGAAGAGCCAGUGCCCCGAAGGGAAAAGGAAGAAAAAAGAAGAGCAAGGAAAGCAAGAUAAUACCAAUGGGAACAGAAAUCGGAAAGACACCAAAGAUGCUAAGUCUGGCACCAAGAAGAGGAAGAGCAAACAGAGAGGGGCCGUGGUCCCCGCCACAUCUGCCAGCCCUACCCAAUAGCUGCCCCUUUCCGUCACCUGAUGGCAAGACUUCAUUGCUGCUAUGUAUAUGAAAGCUUUAUUGAACCAGAGCACUGCUACACAACAUUACACAUGUUCCGAAAGACAGACAUAUACUCCUAGACUAGACCCGACAGAAGCCACAUACACGAUACUUAAGGAGGCUGCACCCCCAGGACGCGGACGGCACCCCUCCGUGGCAGUGGGACGCUGCAGGGACAAGAGGUGAGGAUGAACCAGAGCAAAGGACAAGGGCACAGGACCUUAUGACACAGUGCCUCCACGCCGAGCCAGCCGCCUGGCCCCGGCACAGCACGGUGGCAGCCUGGCGGACACAGCUGGGACUGAAUUUCUGCUCUUCCAGACCAGGGAACUGGACUCACACAAAGGCAGUGGCCUCUUUCUCUUCCCCUCCCCUUUAUUUUGUGUUUUAAGCUGUAUGACUUUAUCAUUGAGAAUAAUACAUGUUAAACAUUUGUGGUAAGAGGUCAGUGGUAUCUGCCCUGAAUCUGCUUCAAAGAGUUAUUUCAAAUUAAACAAAAAAAAAAAAAAAAAGAUGACAACCAGCUUCCUGAGUGUGUGGUUCAUGCCUUGGCCCCUAUGGAGGCUGGUGUCCCACAGGACGAGACUCACUUGUGGAAGAGAAACACACAAAAGCUGUAAGAAAACCCCAGAAAAUGCUGCCAGCUGCGUUGCAGCCUGAGCUCAGCCCCGCUGCCCGCACAGGACCCACGCUGCUCCCCGCCACCCCCCGAGGAAGUUCCCGUUAAAGGACCCAGCUCAAGAAAAUGAGAGGUUACAACACACCGCAGGUUGCCGAAACGUUGUGACUUUGUUCAUACGGUCACAGCUACCAGACUCCAGGCCAGGCCUGUCCGUUCGGCCCAGCACUGCCCCAACACACACUAAGAGGGAAUGAAGGCGGGAGGGGGAUGGCACGGUUCAGGCCCCAUGAAGAAAAGCAAACGUUUAAGUUUGGUAGAAAGCACUGGUCUCCGCGUCACCAACGGGAAUGUCCUGGAUUGAGCAAAAACGCUCCUGCUCUGCAGGAAUUGGCACCUGGGCAGAGGAGCCAGGAGGAGGACGGUGCUGGAUGGAGACGUGGUGAGACCGGAGCGGGCGCAUGCUUCACACUGCCCUUCUCGGCAUGGAGAGCCUUGCCCUUGACAUAACAUGGCACCUCGCUCAGUUUCCCUUAUAUUUUAAAUCGUGCUUCCUCGAUAUAAAUAGGGGCAGAUAUUUAAUUCCUCUACAGUUCAGCAAAACCCCUCUGGUCCCAAGGGAUGGAGCCGGGGAGGUCCCCAGCGAUGUGCAGUGCUGCACCGCUGAAGCUCCCGACUCCCCCAGUAAGACAAGGGGCAGGGAAAAGCCAACCCCAAAGCUAAAGCUGUCCAACCCAAGUAGCGCUGCCCUUGCUUUUGUACCACUGCCUCUGCCUCGCAGGGGUUGCCUGUGGUGGAAAGCCCCUGGCACGUGGUUCUGGGUGCCUCCCCGGCGGGGUGCCGGUGCUCUUCCACGAGGGGAUGCGGGCGGCGCAGCUCUGGUGGGGACAGCCGAGGCUCCUCUUGCCCCGUUGCACUGCGGCUGCUUUGGCAGAGGUCAGGACGUGGGAGCUGCAUAGUUGUUUCAGCCCCAGGGCUGUACCAAGCUCUCCGUGACUGCUCUGCUGGCAGCAAAACCUUUCAGCCCAUCAUCCACUUUGUGUUUAAGUAAACAAGAAGCCGUUAUAUCUUUUAAAGGGGAUUCCAUUUCAGCACAAUGAUAAACGACCAGCAUACCAAGCAGAGAGAGAACGAGGUUCUUAAAGUCAUCCUUUGAGUUGUUUAUGGAUCAUGUUCAGACGACUCCUGAAGGCCUCCCAGUUGAAAGAUCAGAUCUCACUUUGCUUUCUAGCCUCAGCUAGCCUGUGAGAUAAGUAUUUUGUUUGUGACAUGGCACUGCAUGUAAGCAGAAUCAUUUUUCCCUUCCGCUUUUUAGCAGCAAUAAUCAGUAACCCUUUCAUGAACCUCAGCUUGCUAAUUCAUAAACCACUCUUUCUUCCCUCCUGCUUCAGUAUCUCAAUCCAGUUCUCAACAAGGAUUAAAGAGAAGAGAGAGUGCAUUAGUAAGGUUUUAGACGCUAAGGCUCUGUUAACUGACUGGAUUCCCUAACUCAUGGCAAUAUUAGUGCAAAUAUUUCAAAACUAAACAGCAUAUAAUAAAUCAACACAACAUAUCUUGUAGACUUUUCUAGAGUUUUUUUUAGAAAAACUGAAGAACUUAUUUCUGUUGCACUCUUUUCCCUUCUUUCUUCCUUUUUCAUAGUGAAAUGGGAAGAAAAAGGGAGGAAGGCAAAUGAAAGUUUAAAAUGUGUAUUAAGAAAAUCCAUGAUUUUUCAUUAUGGAUGAUUAAAAAUGAAACUGUUUUAGAAAAAUUAGAAGGAAAUUAUAAAAAAAAAGAUCAAUUUCCUUUCUUUAAUCAGCUCAAGAAUAGUGCUUAUGCCCACUCUCAGACAGCUGGUUCAUUUCAGAAUUUAGAAACCUUUUGCCUUUGACCAACGUGUUUUGCACGCUGAGCUCGACAGUCCAAAAUGGAGAUCUCCUUAGAUAGAUUGAUAUCAUCUCAACUCACAUGCACAUGAAUGCUCUCUUUCAGCCCACCAAAUAAAAUCUGUUGUGGUGUUCUCUCCGUGGCAUCACUGUAAAAUAUGCUUCUUUAAACAAAUAAAUAAAGAAAUGGGUUUGC